AUGGUGAGGCAAGGAUCUGGUGGAAGCCAGGGACACAACAGGGGUGAUUGUUUGCUCUUCUGUGAGGUCUUCCUGAAGAGUGGCAGUACAAACUCCUCAAUCCAGAGACAAGACAGCUGGAUGAUGCCAUUCUCCCCACCCCCAUCAUCACUGACCAAUCUCAGUGAGCAAAACAGCACCAUCCGUUGGAGGCUGCAGCCACUUACACAAAGCCACAUACCCCUGCACCUUGCAGGUUCAUCUCCAUUAGGCAGCACAGGCACCAACCUUUGCAUUGACCAAAAGAUUUACAGAGAACUAUGGAAGACAGGAAUGUUUGAACACAUGUAUCUGCAGAGAGAUGGAGAUGAACACAGUGUUGAAGUGCAUUUGCCUUAUACAGCUAAAGCCAUGGGAAGCCAUAAGGAUGAGUUUAUUAUUCCUGUACUGGUUGGAGUUCUGAGUGAAUCAAAAGAAAAGGAAUUUGAAAAACUCUUCAGUAAGUAUCUAGUGGAUCCUAGUAAUUUCUUUGUUGUUUCUUCUGAUUUCUGCCAUCGGGGUCAAAGUUUCCAUUACAGUUACUAUGAUGAUUCCCAGGGGAAGAUUUAUAAAUCCGUUGACCAUCUAGAUAAAAUGUAUGUGAGUAUUAUAGAACAACCUGACCCUAUAUCUUUUAGAAAUUACUUGAAGAAAUACCAUAAUCCUAUAUGUGGAAGGCAUCCCAUUGGGGUGUUAUUAAAUGCUAUCACAAAGCUCCAGAAGAAUAGAAUGAAUAUGAGCUUUUCCUUUUUGAAUUAUGCCCAGUCAAGCCAGUCUAGAAACUGGCAAGACAGUCCAGUGAGUUAUGCAGUGGGAGCACUCAUGGUCCACUGA